UAUCACCUGGCGCGCUAGUAGGUCAGGCAUGAAAAACAUAAGCCUGGGCUUUCUCAGGCUUCUUAGUUCUCUCUGACAGUGUUCUGUUGCACAUUGCUGCAGGGUGCAGACGAAAAUACCGGUCCAACAUGUCUAAUUCGCAUUUAUUUAUGAAAACGGGGUUUCCCCGUGCAGCAUUGAACAAUGGUAUUGGACGUUACGUGUGCCAACUACAACGUGUGACAAUAAAAUUCUGCAAAAACAAUGGAUCGAGCCGUGGAGUGAGGGAUUUCCUCGAACACGAUCUUGUAAAUUUCGCCAAGGAGAAUCCGGGAAUCGUCGUAUACGUAAAACCUCGGAGGCAUAGGACGCCUGCUCUGAGUGCUGAAUAUCUAAAUGGAGAAAAGCAGUUGCUAUUCUGCAGGAAUUAUACACGGGAGGAAGUUAACAAAUGGUUGGAGUUACUGCGAUCGCAAGUGCGCGAUACUUCAGCUAUAAGACUUAGGAAAAUGUGGCACACGGAUAAUCCUUCCAUUCAGGGACCUUGGACACCUUGGACAUUUAGAGACCCUGCUCAGAAUUUGGCCGAAUUCCCUGACCCCAAGUUAUUCAAGAUGAAGACCGAGCCACAAACAGCCACAGAAAAGUUACUGGAGAUAUUCAAGGCUCAGAAAGAAGCUGAAAGAGAAAGAGCAAACGAAACGGGAUAGUGCUUUAAUAUAUAAACUGUACAACAUUAACUUUAGGUAUCAUAAGUAUUGUAGGUGAACAAAUUUAAACGAAAUCAAUAAAUGUCACGUCGGUAGCGGA